CGGAGGUCCCACAUCCACGGCUGGGGCCUCUACUGCAAGACGGACGUGCCCAAGGACGCCUUCAUCAUCGAGUACGUCGGCCAGGUCGUGCGCCAGGCCGUCGGCGACAAGCGCGAGAAGUACUACGACGACGCGGGCGUCGGCUCGUGCUACCUCUUCCGCCUCGACGAGGACGCCAUCGUCGACGCGACGCGCCGGGGCAACAUCGGCCGCUUCAUCAACCACUGCUGCCGGCCCAACGCCUACGCGAAGAUCGUCGCCCUCGAUUCGAACACGAAGAAGAUCGUCAUCAUCGCGCUCCAGGACCUCAAGGCCGGCGACGAGGUCAUGUACGACUACAAGUUCCCCAUCGAGGACGACAAGGUCAAGUGCUACUGCGGCGCGCCCAACUGCCGCGGCACGAUGAAC